UCCGAGUCUAUACGAUCUUUCCGAAGAGACUUCCGCUGUAGAUGCAUGGUCUUCAGUUUUAUACCUUCCCUGUUAGGACCUUGAACAUGCAGUCUACGCAAGGGAUCGGCAGUGCCCGAACGUGCUCUCAAGCGGUCCUAUGGGAGAGCACCCCCGCGAGGCGGAAUACGACGUUGCGGACGGCAGAUGCUCGUCGAUCCGGGGCAGGACCUUAUUCUUACUUAGGUCUCUUACGCGUGCCUAUAGUCAUUGCAGGUUGUUACGCUAGGCCAUUGAUAUGUGCUUGCCAAGUGCAAUCUGGACGUCAAUGUUCAGGCGGGUUGCCAACGUAUAAAGAAGUUCAAUCUCUCCUCGUCUACCCGCAAGCCUCCAGCUUCACUUCCCUAAAUCACCCCCAACCCCUCCUCACCUCGGCACCAUGUUCAUCACCUCAAGAAUAACUGUGCUCGCCGCUGCCUUACCGGCCGUCUACGGCACAACGGUCAAGUCCCCCACACCCCCCAUGGGAUGGAACAGCUACAACCACUACAAUUGCCAACCCAACGAGACCAUCAUCAAGCAGAACGCCCAGGGUCUCGUCGACCUGGGCUUCCGCGACCUCGGCUACAACAUCGUCACAGUGGACUGCGGCUGGGCAGCCACCACGCGCGACGAACAGGACAGGCUGCAGUGGGACAAGGAGACGUUCCCCUCGGGCCCCGAGGCACUGGGCGACUUUAUUCACAAUCUGGACCUCAAGUUCGGCCUGUACUCUGGCGCUGGGUACCGGAUGUGUGGGCUUCCCGACACUCCUGCGUCUCUUGGAUAUGAAGAAAUUGAUGCCCAGGCAUUCGCAGACUGGGGAGGCGACACACUCAAAUAUGACAACUGCUACUCCACCUCGCCAACAGAGAUGGUCGACGUCACGUCCCCCGAGUCCCAGAGCCCGGACCGCUUCAUCACCAUGGAAAAAGCCCUCAACCAGACCGACCGCGACAUGCAGUACUUCCUCUGCCAGUGGGGCAUCGGCCAGAACGUCCCGGACUGGACCGCGCCCCUCGGCAACAGCUGGCGGAUGAGCAACGACAUCUUCAACGCCUGGCGCGCCCUCUGGCGCAUCGUCAACCAGGCCGUCCCCCACGUCCAGCACACGGGGCCCGGCGCCUUUGCCGACCUCGACAUGCUCAUCAUCGGUCUGAACGCACUGUCCGUCGAAGAGGAACACUUCCACUUUGGCUUCUGGUCCAUGCUCAAGUCCCCCCUCAUCAUCGGCGGCGUCCUGGUCGAGGCGGAGAUCCCCGCGUCCUCCCUCGAGGUCAUGCGGAACGAGGAGGUUAUCGCCAUCAACCAGGAUCCCCUCGCCAAAGCCGCCGCGCUCGUCAUCCGCUACACCGAGGAGGAGUGGGACGUCUGGGCCGGUCCCCUCUCCGACGACCGCAUGGUGCUCGGCAUCGCCAACUGGAAGAACGAGACGCAAACCGUCGAGGUGGACCUGAGCCUCGUCGGCGUGAGCUCGGCUGCCUCGCGCGACGUCUGGGCUCAUGAGGAUGGCUCCAUCUCAGGCGUGCAGACCUUUGAGCUCAAGCCGCACGAGUUGCGUCUCCUGGUGCUGAGUGACAUCGAGACCACCGAGAAGCCCUCGUCGAUAGCCUACUACUCGGUACAGGACGCGACUGUUGGCGGCCAGGCGGCGCUCGUCGAUUGCGGCGCUGAUGAUUGUCUUCCCAACCAUUUGAAGGUCGGCUCCAUCAACGCCGACGCCAGCGUCACUUUUGAGGGCGUUUCUUCUGCGCACAGCGGUGAGAUCUUUGUUGGCAUUGACUUUAUCAACUACGAGUACACACAUACCAUUGGUGACUGGGCCACCAACACGCGCAACAUGACUUUCGCCGUCAACGACAACGAGGCCAAGCGCUGGGCGUUCCCUCUCGCGGGGGGCGACUGGUACGAGACGGGCCGCUUGAUGGUUGCCCUGGACGGCUUUGUUGCUGGGGACGAGAACACUGUUGUCUUCAGCGGCUUUGACGACGGUCACUGGGCCCCGGACCUGGUAGGCCUAGAGAUUUUUGAGUAG